AUGAUGGCGCGGCGCGCUCCACCGCAAGGCGGCUCCGUCGUUUCAGCGGAGCGACGGACCAAGUCAACCUCACCCGCCGCUAGCGCCGCUUACCACUCCCCCACUCCCCUCUCACCCCGCCAUUGUCCCCCUUCCACCCUCCCCAUUCCCCCUCUCCCUUUUCCAUUCCUCCACGCUCCCCCUUCCCCAUUCUUUCCCUCCCAUAUUUCUCUUUCUCCCCCCCUCACCCAUCUCCCCCUCGCCCCCUUCACAAUUUCCCCACUCCCCCCCCUCUCCCCCUCCCCCAUUUCCCCUUUUCCCCCUCUCAUAUCCUGCCGCCGCCCCUCAGCAAGCCCGGUGCAAGCGGCGACGGCGGAGGAAUCAGAGGGCGACACGUGGCAGCUGAAGCUGCUGUACGAUGGCGACUGCCCGCUCUGCAUGCGAGAGGUGGACUUCCUACAGGGUCGCAACAAAGAGUUUGGCACACUCAAGUUUGUGGACAUAGCGGCGGGUGACUACAGCGCGGAUGAGCAUGCGGGUGUGUCGUACGAGGCGGCUAUGGGGUCGAUUCACGGGAUACGAAGAGAUGGAACCGUGGUCACUGGCGUGGAGGCCUUUCGUGAGUUCUACGAGGCGGUGGGCCUCGGGUGGGUCUAUGCCAUCACCAAGUUCCCUCCGGUGGGCGCUCUUGCAGACGGGAUCUACGAGGUGUGGGCCAAAUACCGCCUGCCACUCUCAGGCCGGCCGUCUUUGCAAGCUGUGAUAGAGGAGCGCAGACGCAACAAG